AUCCGUUUCAAUAUGGCGGCUGAUGAUUCGGAUACAGAGCCGAUGGAUUUUCAAGAAGAGGAACUUGCUUCUUCGAGUUCCAGCAUAGCAGACACCAAGUUUGAUAUAACAAUAGGACACAUAGAAGACAUUAUAAUGGAAGAUGAAUUCCAGGAUCUACAACAAAAAUUCCUUGAAAAAUAUUACAAAGAAUUUGAUGAUAGCGAAGAGAAUAAAUUCAUAUACACAGAUAUCCAUCAAGAAUAUAUCAAUCUGGUAGAAAAAUUUAUUGAAGAAGAACUUACUAGGCGAAUGCAAGGUUUUUGCAUGAGUGAAUUCUCUAAGCAAUUAGUGUAAGUUGGGCUGAAUUUUUUUCUCAAUUGAAUGGAUAUUUAUUUACUUUGAUGGGUUAAAAAGUGAUCAAAUAUGUUUUUUUUUCAUGUAAGAGAAUGAAAAAAGCUUAAAUAAUGGUUUGAUAUGUGGGUGUACUGAGCCUAAUGAAGAGAUUUACUUAAUAUCUGCACAAGUGUAUAAUCAAAUCUACAUGUGUGGUGUAUAACCCAGUUGCUAGUCUCGGUCUACUUUUAAUCUGACUGAGAUAUCCAAGAUCUAAAAUACGUA